GGUCGCGGUCGCUCGUUUUCUCUCCGCUCAGGUGCGUGCGUGUGUUUAGUGAGAGCUAGUGUGUGUGGACUGGUGAUUGUCAUCAGUAAAUUGAAUUAAAGCCAACAAAAAAUAAAUGAAAUACUGCCCAUCACCGAAAUAUGUUGCUGGCUUGAAUUAAUAAUAAAGUGUGAUUUGCGGGUGAAUAACGCCUCGCAGUUUAGAAAAUUCCAAUAGGAAGGCCAAAAGUUCUGCAAAGCACAAGAGAGGGGCCAAAAGAGAGAGAGCCAAACAGAGAGCAAAAGCAGUUAGAAUAGCAGCAGCAAUUUCUGCAUUUUGUUUGUUGUUCUCGAUUUACGCGAGUGAUUUUGUUGUUGUUCAUUAAAACUCGUUUUUUCUGAAUGAUGAAAAGGAGAUUUCGAAAAUCUAAAAAACCCUCCUGCUUUUAACUAAAUAACCAUCCCGCGCCACAAGUCUCAAAGGGCAGGAAGUGUGAUGUCACUACAUUUUGCCCCGCGGCAACAACAAGUUUCACUAUCGUCAGCAGAAAAGCAAAUAUUCUCCCUUCAACCACAAAUAUAUAGCAACAUCAGUUAUACAGCAUUGAUCUGAAGAUGUUGCAAGUGCAUUUGUUUUUGCUACCGCUGCUGCUGCUCAACACAUGCUUGCAACACAUUUUUCAGCCGGCGGAAGCGACGGCGUUCCACCAGCCAGGAGAAAAGCCAAAAGCGCACACCGCCGAUUAUUUACCCGUCCUCGACGAGUUCUCAACUCACACUGUGAUACGACCGCAGGUGCAACAUGGACGCACCAAGCGCAGCCUGCUAACCACUCUGGAUGCCACCGACGGCCUUCACACGCCGCACAUUAGCCUGAGCUACACCCACGAGGGGAAGCGGGUCACCAUCGACCUGCAGCGCAACGAUGGACUGCUGCCGGACUCCCACUUCCUGCGAUAUCAGAACUCCUCCGCUGGAGGAGCCACUGCUGGCCAUGUGGCUCGCAACUUUACCAAGACUGAGGUUGAUUUAUGCCACUAUCAGGGUCACAUUCGUGGUCAACCGGAUUCUGUGGUGGCCCUUUCCACCUGCGAUGGUGCUCUGGAUGGCAUCGUUUUCGAUGGGAGGCAAACGUACUUCAUCCAUCCACAUGUUCAUGGCAGGGGACGAUUGCAGGAUGACCACUAUCUGUUCAGGCAGGCAGACAUACAUCCAACGAACGCCACCUGUGGCUACGACAGUCACAGGGACGACCACAGUCACGACGGCAGUCACGAAAAGGCUGGAGAGGAUAAUGGACUGGGAAAUGAGAUUCCUUCACUGCCACUUCGCCUGGAUGGCGGAGAAUUCCAGAGAACCCUGCUCCGGAAGAGGCGUCAAGCGGACGACAGCAGUCAACUGAUCCGGGGUCCGUACAAUGGCAACAAAUAUUCCAGCUACGUAGAGCUGGUAAUCGUGGUGGACAACAAGGUCUACAAGAACUUCCAGGAGAAUGCCAAGAAAGUUCACCAGCACUGCAAGAAUCUGGCCAACAUCAUCAAUGCGCUCUAUGUCCCACUAAAUAUAUUUGUGGCUCUGGUAGGCGUUGUGAUCUGGAAUGAGAACAACGAGAUCGAGUUCUCAAGCGACGGUGACGUGACGCUGCGCAACUUCCUGAACUACCGGAGAACCAAACUGGUGCUGGAUCACCCCAACGACAAUGCCCAGCUGCUGACCAAGGAGAAUUUCAGUGGCGGAGUGGUGGGCAAGGCGCUGAAGGGUCCCAUCUGCACGUACGAGUUUUCCGGCGGAGUGAGCAUGCAGCACAGCCACAACACGGCGAUGGUGGCCACCACAAUGGCCCACGAGAUGGGCCACAACUUUGGCAUGGAGCACGAUUCACCGGAGUGCCACUGUCCGGACGAGAAGUGUGUGAUGGCGGCCUCGAGUACCUCGUUUAUUCCGAUCAACUGGAGCAGCUGCAGCAUCGAUCAGCUUACGAUCGCCUUCUCGCGUGGAAUGAACUACUGCCUGAGGAAUAAGCCGGAAAGAUUGUUUGAUUCGCCCACCUGUGGCAAUGGUUUCGUGGAGCCGGGGGAACAGUGCGAUUGCGGUUUGCCGGAGCAUUGUCAGAACGCCUGUUGCGAUGCCCAAACUUGCAUGCUGCACGUGAACGCCUCCUGUGCCACCGGAGAAUGCUGUGAUCUGACCACCUGCCGUCCCAAAUUAGCGGGCAGUGCCUGUCGGGGAGCGGAGAAUGAGUGCGAUUUACCGGAGUACUGCACUGGGGAAUCGGAGUACUGUCCGGCGGAUGUCUACCGGCGGGACACGGAGCCCUGUGAUGGCGGCCGGGCCUACUGCUUCCACGGCACCUGUCGCUCGCACUCCAAUCAGUGCCGAAUAUUGUGGGGACCCACGGGUGAUAACUCGGAGCACUGUUAUGAUAAGAACAAAGAGGGAAACCGGUUGGGAAAUUGCGGCUUCAACCGCCCGAACAAGACCUAUUUGAAAUGUGAAUUGGAGCAUAUCAACUGUGGAAUGUUGCAUUGCAUCCAUUUGAACGAACGCCUCGAAUUCGGAAUGGAAUCGGCGGCCGAGUUGUCCCAUUCCUACAUCAGUCACCAGCACAAGAUUGUGGCAUGCCGCACGGCCUUGGUGGAUCUGGGCCUGCAGACAACCGAUCCCGGCCUGACGCCCAAUGGAGCCAAGUGCGGCGAGGAUAAGAUGUGCGUGGAUCAGCGAUGUCUGCCAGUGGCCACGGUUCGCCUUAACGGCAUGGGUACUCCGUGUCCCGAAGAUUGCAAUGGCAAUGGUAUCUGCAACAGUCGAGGACACUGUCACUGCGAAGUGGGCUUCGGAGGCGAGUCUUGCUCCACGGCAGGAUCAGGUGGAUCGCCGGACAGUGGACCAGCCACAGACCCGAAUGGUUCCGCCGGUCUCAAGCGUUUCCUGUACAUCCUGUUCUUCGUGGUGCUGCCCAUGGUGUUGGUCUUCUGGAUCCUAUACAAGACGCGAUUGCUAAUCCGCAGAAAGCUGUCCGACAAUAUCUUGAAAUCCUCUGGAGGAAGCAAACCCAUCACCCCGCGAUCCAAUCAAAAUGGCAGUGGUCCACCAACGGGAAAUGGAUUACUUAAAUCCACACCUAGUAGUACUGAUGAUAUGGAUUCGGCGCUCCUUAAAUCCCCAAGCGACUCCACUCCCACCGCUGGAUUAUUUGGGAAAUUCGACGGUUUUACUCUGCGUCCGCUGAACGAUGCCUCUUCGCCGGCGAGCAAUUACAGUGGACCAAAUGUGGCCUUUGUGCAGCCCACUGUCCAGCAGGAUGUACCACAGCGGAUGGCACCUCCUCCGCCAACUGCGAAGCCUGGAACGUCCCCCGUUCGUGCUCCCGCCUCUCCGAAACCAGAAGUCACUUCGGUGAGGCCAGCACCUGCCUUGCCUCCGCCCAAUCCGGGUUCCACAGCGCGGCCUAUUAUCUCACCACCAAAGUUGGAUUCCAGUACAUUAACCAUGGUGCCGCUCAAGGGCAGCACGGAGGAUCUCUCACCCACUCGAUCUGCUCCAGCUCCUCCAGUUCCACUGCACGCCGAUCCCAAGCUAAAUGUUAAACGAGAUGGUACCAUUCGCCGCUUAGCUUCGUUCCUCAAAAAGGAGGAUAAAGCUCCGCUAAAGGAAAAGACCUACAUCGAACGGGAGCGGCUGCGAACCCUGGAAAUCUCCGCUCCCAUGCCCGUGCCCGCUGCUCCUCAAACAGAGUCCUCCAAUUCGGAUUCGGAGACCACGCCGCGCGAAGAAGAGACCCAGAAUCUAGUAAAACGCGCCCAAUCAAUGCGUUCCCCUACGAAAAAGACACCACUACAGAGCUUUGGAUCUAUGCGUUCACCUCCGGGACUGCCACGCCCGAAAAGUGGUCAGGUGAACAGCAAUAACACUUCGAGACCGAAGUCGCCACCACCAAGGCCCCCACCAGUGGUGGUCAAGAAGACCAACUCCAUUGGCUCAUCGGGCUAUCAGAGACCAGUGGCCACUGCCCAGAGAUCAGUGGAGAACACCUACGACGACUGCGAGGUUGUGGAGAACGAAGUUCGGGCCUCCAACGACGACAUAUACUCCGUGAUUGAUGAGAUUCCACCAGCAGCACAGACCCUCAAGCGGAGCGAUUUGGUGGCCAGCAGGGCGAGCAAUGGCAGCGAUAUGGGAUUGCUAAAUGAAAUUGUUAAUGAACUUGAGAAGAUCAACGGAGAUUCAAUAUAUUCAGGAAAACCAGUAGCUGCAGCAGCAACUCCUCCUCCUGCAGAUCCCCCGAAAAGUCCUCUGCGCCCUGCUCCACCCAAGCCAGCGAGCAGUGUGCUGGAGGAAAAGGCAGCUAGUGCAUCUGCAAGCACAUAUCAUCGACCGCCCAUUGCUAAUGCGCCCGUGGCUCGGGUUAAGCCCACGGUGGCGGACAAAUCGCAGCCCCAGCCCAGCAUGUCCAGCUUUAAGCCGCCGUCGGGAGUCGGUGGUCAGGUCCAGCCAGCGCCAGUUGUCCAGCUGGCCAAGCGGAGCAGCAGCGGCAGCAACAGCGGAGUAACCAACUCCACCCGUCCCAAAUCCUUCAUGAAGAGCACAACGAAAACACUGCCCAAUGGGACGGCGGGAGCGGCGGUCACGGCGCCCUCGGCCACCAUCCAGAAGCCCAAGCCGCUCUCGGCCAAGCCAUCGUUUAGCGGCGGAGGGGCGGUCGGAGUCCUGGGGAAGCGGGCAAUCGGCGGGGCAGCCCCCACGCCGCCCACAGUGAAGGCGGCGGCGUUGGCGGCGCCAAAGUCCAACAUUGCAUCGCUGACACAGCGAUUCGAGCAGAGCAAGUAGAUUAAGAUAAACUACUAUAAGGACCGUGACCAAGGGCAUAGCGAGAAAUAUUUAUCGGAAAGAAAAUAAGAAAAGGGUUUACUUUCUUUUUUUAAAACUGUUAAUCACCCAUACCAAUUUUUUUACUAAUUUAAUUCUAAUUUAUAAUAACCAUUGAUAUUUGUAAUUGACUUAAAAAAAGAUUAGAACAAAUAAUUCGAUACAAUUGAUAAAAUGAUGAUGUACCACAAUUUGAUUUAAGAUAUAAUUUAAGAUUUUAAUUUUAAAAAACCAAUUGUUUUCCAUUGCUUACAAACCCAAAAACGAUAUGUGCUGGAAAAUUAGGAAAAAUGUGAUUCUUGGCUAUGCUCUUGGUGUGGCUAAAUCCCCACCCUCCGUGGAAUUGACUUAAGCUUUAGUUAAGAUACGAUCAAAUUUUAUUUGGCACUGACUAUGACUACGACUGCGUCGCCUUUGAUAUUCAUUCCUUUACCGAUGUCCCACUUGUUAGACGUAAGGCGUUGCUUAACCCAUGUGCUAAGUAUGUAUCUCAAUGGUUAAUGUUUAAGCGCUGCAUGUGAAGUUUUAUUUUAGCCCCUAACGGUAGCUACGUACGUGUAUCUGUAUCUAUACUAUACUCUACGGUAAUCCCAUGUAUUUAUUUAUAUAUGUUUAUACGCAAUAUGCUUUUGUAAAUAAAAACCAAAGAAGUUAAAUUGUCACAACAAA